UUACAACCAAUUGUAACCGAAAAACGCAAAACAGGAACUAUUCAAUUAUAUUAACAGUGGCAAGCAACAAUAAACUCCGAUCGUUCCUAAUGAUGUUUCGUUUAACGGCCACAAUAAAAAUACAAAGUAGCCGGCAAUUCAAACGAAAAUUGACUAACGCGGCACGUGGUUUAGAGGGAAGUGUGGAUGCAGAGUUGAUACACCCCCCGCCGACAGGCAAGCAGUCCCAUCGCGCCUCAGUCUGUUGCCUCUCGUCGUGGUGAGCGCUCGUCUGUGCUUCACAAUCAACUUCGGUUGCGUCACUCGUGAAUAACAAGUGCAACCGUACUGGAUAAGUGGUAUGGUGGUUCGAUGGUGUUGUUGAAAAUGGUGCGACGGCGGGAUUACAGGCGCUCCGCGUUCACCAGAUUUUGCACCACACUUUUGUGGUUCCUUACCUGUUUUAAUGAUUUACACGCAAUAAAAAUAGUGAAAGUGGUGGUGCCAGAAAUAAUCCAAUAUGGCGUUCAGGACGCAGUUAUACUAGAUUGUGAUUACACAUAUGGGAAUGAUACUUCGGGACUAGUGGUGAAGUGGUUCUUUAGGAAUAAAACGCGACCAGUGUACCAGUGGAUACCGUCACAGAAACCCCAGGACUUGGGUAUUUUAAGGAGUAGAGUAGACUUGACUUAUAAGGCCUCGAAUGAUCCGCUGAAGAUGCACCGGGCACUAAGGAUAGUGAAACCAAAUACGGACAUUUCUGGAGACUACACGUGUGUGGUGUCCACCUUUAUGGCGGAAGAUCAGAGAACAAAGCAGAUGAUUGUUUUCGUUCCCGAGACAAAUUUCCGCCUAAUCCAGAACAAGACUGAUGACGAUACAGUGAACGUCAUUUGCGCUGCAGAGGGAGCGUACCCAGCACCCAAUCUAACGCUAGCAACGCCUGAGAGGUUACUAGAUGGCGUAACUAGAAACCUUAAACUUGUGAACGGGAGGUAUUCGGCCGUGGCAUCAGUGACGCUACGCGAUGAGGAUCUGCCAUCGCCCGCUGAGUUCAUCUGUACCCUGAGGAUACCGCAAGCAAAAUACGCGGUACGGAAGGAAGCCAUUUAUUACCCAGGACCUAUAAGCACAACUCCUGAGAUGCCUACGGCAGCGGAUAUGCAAUUGGCUGCAGCGGUUGGUUCAAAAGGGGCAAAUUUGUACACCGCGAUCACCAUGGUGGCGCUGCCAGUUCUAGCUCAAAUGUUAGUAUUAUAAGUCAACUGAGAGAAUACAAAAGGUUAGGUCCAGUAAAUAAAAUGGUUCAUAUUUUGUACUGAAGGCAUUCUAAGAUAAACAUAUUAUGAUCUCUAGUCAUAAUCCAAAGUGUCACUAACUACCAAAAUUUAUAAAAAUAGUUCACAGCUCUCUUUGUUG